AAUAGAAAUAGAAGAGUGCACACAAUUGGGUGUGAAGAAAAAAGAGAGGAGAAGGUAAGAGAGACGGUGCGCAUUAUUAGCCAACGCCCCAGAAACCCACCAUAGUCGGAGAACAAAGGAAGGAGCUUUGCUGGUGAGAACCGCUCAAGAGAGAAAGGUUCGAUUUUGAGAUUGGAGAAGUGUUAGACUCGAUUGAUUAGGUGAAACCCAGAAAUGGCUGCUCCACCAGCAAGGGCUAGAGCCGAUUAUGACUACCUCAUAAAGCUUCUUUUGAUCGGCGACAGCGGUGUUGGUAAGAGUUGCCUUCUUUUGCGUUUCUCAGAUGGUUCAUUCACCACUAGUUUCAUAACAACCAUUGGAAUUGAUUUUAAGAUUAGGACCAUUGAACUAGAUGGAAAACGGAUUAAGCUCCAGAUUUGGGAUACAGCUGGUCAGGAACGUUUCCGUACAAUCACAACUGCUUACUAUCGUGGAGCCAUGGGAAUUUUACUGGUCUAUGAUGUUACUGAUGAAUCAUCUUUCAACAACAUUAGAAACUGGAUUCGCAACAUCGAACAACAUGCAUCAGAUAAUGUCAACAAAAUACUUGUAGGGAACAAGGCGGACAUGGAUGAAAGUAAAAGGGCCGUGCCUACCUCUAAGGGCCAAGCACUUGCUGACGAGUAUGGGAUCAAGUUCUUUGAAACUAGUGCAAAAACCAAUCUCAAUGUGGAGCAAGUUUUCUUCUCAAUAGCAAGAGACAUUAAGCAGCGGCUUGCGGAUACCGACACUAGGGCUGAGCCAAACACAAUCAAGAUCAAUCAACCUGACCAGGCAGGUGGAGCUGGUCAAGCUUCACAAAAGUCAGGGUGUUGUGCGUAAGAUCCUUUCGUUAGAAUCAAGGAGGACAUGCAUGGGAGCUUACACUUAUGCUUGGAAAGGAAACAAACUAAUUGUAUGACAAUACAGUAUGAUGGUGCUUGUAAUCUUCUUUUUCUCAUCUUCCUUUUUUUUUCAUCUCAUUCUUUUCAAACUUAGCGUGUGAAAGGUAGUUGCUUAUCAUUUCUCUCUUUGUGGUAAAGAUUGAUGUGUAACCUGUGGCAGACACAUUUUCGAUUACUGCCCUUUCUGCCCUUAUGCUUGUGACUUAUCGUAGUGUGCGAGAGAUAUAGACAAAUGCAGAUCUGAUAUUUAUAAAUUUAAAAAAAGCCUAAGACGUUGCUGCAACAUGUGCAAGUUAA